AAUAAAAUAACAUUUAAAAAAUAUAAACUAAUAACACAACAAGAAAAUUGUAUCCGCGGUCGAAAGUUCAACGGUUCCCGACGCGCAUGCGCAAUACAACAAGUUGGCGCGGAACACCCGGAUGUGCUGCCGCACGAGCACGAUACGGUAGAAGGAAGAGGCAUGACGCCAUGUUUUGAUGUCGUCAUCCCCCCCAAACCGCUGUUUCUUGAGCAGCACAAUAGUCUGUCAGUGUUUUUCUGUUGUGCGCCUCGUGUUCCGUGUUCCUGGUGGCGGUUUUGGCGUAUUCCUUUGGCCCUCCCCAUUGUCGUGUCGAAAUUGGAUGCUUGCCUUUAAGGCUAACGCUUGUCUCUGUGGAUUGACGGUCGCUGAAGGUGGCCUUUCGUGUCUUUUCAUGUCCGGGGAAGUAACCGCGGAGCGGGGGGGUCCGCGAGCGUCGUCUACGUGGUGGUAGUGUCCUAGUGCGGGGAGGACGAGCGAUCACGAUCCUCCACCGAACGGUUAAUCUAAGUGAUUACGUCACACGAUCCUGAGCUGGGCUUUCGAAAGAAACGAUUUACUAAAGAAGUGGACGGGGACGACGACGGGGACGAAGACGACGGCCCUGCUAAAAUGGAGCUGCGCCUGCACUCGCCAGCCGGAGCAGAACCGAUCGUCUAUCAAUGGCCCCUUACUUCUGGAUCCGGAUCUGAUCGUCACGAUGGUGCACUUGAUGUUGUUGAAACAAUGAGAUGGGUUUGUGAAGAUUUGCCAGAUUUAAAACUACCAUUAGAAAAUAACAUUUUAUGUGAUUAUGACACAAGAGAUUAUGAAAGUAUGAAAAAUUUAUGUGACAGAUUUAAUAGAGCAAUUGAUAGUUUAGUUCAGUUGGAAAAAGGCACUAGUUUACCAUCACAAAGAUUAAAUAAAAGACCUAGUCGAGGUUUAUUAAAGCAUAUACUUCAACAAACAUAUAAUCAAGCAGUAGUGGAACCAGACAAAUUAAAUCAAUACGAACCUUUUUCACCAGAAGUUUAUGGAGAAACAAGUUAUGAAUUAGUAUGUCAAAUGAUCGAUCAGAUUGAUGUAACAGAAGAUGAUGUAUUUGUUGAUUUGGGAUCUGGAGUUGGUCAAGUAGUUUUACAAAUGGCUGCAGCUACUUUAUGUAAAAUUUGUAUUGGUGUUGAAAGAGCUGAUGUACCAUCAAGAUAUGCACAGAGUAUGGAAGUAAACUUUCGUAAAUGGUUGAAUUGGUAUGGAAAAAGAUGCGGCGAAUAUCGUUUGGUAAAAGGCGAUUUUUUAGCUGAUGAACAUCGUGAAAGCAUUACCGGAGCUACAAUAGUAUUUGUCAAUAAUUUUGCAUUCGGUCCAACGGUGGAUCAUCAAUUAAAGGAACGAUUUGCUGAUUUACGGGAUGGUGCACGCAUUGUAUCGUCAAAAUCAUUUUGUCCUCUUAAUUUUCGUAUAACGGAUAGAAAUCUCAGUGAUAUUGGCACAAUAAUGCAUGUUUCGGAAAUGUCACCGCUAAAAGGUUCUGUCUCGUGGACUGGUAAACCAGUGUCUUAUUAUCUACAUGUAAUUGAUCGUACUAAGUUAGAACGUUAUUUCCACCGCUUAAAGAACAAUAAACAAGGUGGCGAUGAAAAUUCUGAUUCUGUGAUAAAUAACACUGCCAGCAGUAGUAAUAAGAUUACAAAUAGAAAUGAGAGAGGUGACAGAGCUAAACGAGAUCUUUCAAGACAGUUAGAAAGCCCAAAUCAUUCAGAACAACAAGGAACGAAUAGUGAUUCAGAUGUAGAUGAGAAUAAUAUUAAAAAUCGUCGACAACCAAAUAAAAUUCGUAGAAAAUUAAAUAGAAAAUCUAAUGGUAUAACAAGACCUCCGGCUAGAGGCAGACAAAGAGGAAGAGGCGUAAAGAAAUCGAAACCCAAGAAAGCAAUUAAUAUUUCUGGUCUGGAUUUAUUACAUAGUCAAACAUUACUUAGCACAUCUCCACAAGCUCUGGGAAAGAAACCACCGCCUGCGCCUGGUUGCGUAGAUCAACAAUUGUCUUCAUUAUCACUUUCAUUACAAUCACAUUCCACCUCUGUACACGAAGAACUUAGUAUACCACCUGCUCCGUCCGCCACUCCAUAUGCAUUACAAAUACUUUUGGACUUGUACAGGGACCAAUUCAUGCUCAUGUUAGAAUCAAUGAGAACUCCUUCGUACAGAGUAUCAGUCAAUACAGAUAUUGCGAAAGAAAGAGAAAGAAAUUCAAAAUUGCAAUCAAGAGCGGCGCAAUUAGAAAAACAAAUAAAAGUAUUAAUUGAUGAUAGUGUAGCACUUUUAAAAGCAAGAAUGACCGAGUUAGGUAUAAAUGCAACAUCACCUGGAGAUUUACUUGCAAAAGCUAAAGAGAUAGUUCUUAGACAUAAACAAUUGCAAGCUAAAGCAAGUAAGUUGCAAGCUCAAGUUGCAUCUAUGGAAAGUGAACAAUCAAGAUUAACUGCACUUAGACAUCAAGAAUUACAAGAGAAAUAUAACAGUCUUACAAAUACAAAUGGCAUAUCAAAUCCACCACAGCCACUUACUCAGGAUUACAUAUUGAAAGAAAUUUCCGCAACUUUGUCUCAACGUAAAAGAUUACAUUGUCAAGUGUCUAAAUUGGAACAUGAAUUAAAUGUGUUGGAAAGAGCAAGUAAUGAAAAACAGGUUGCUGCAAUAGCUCAACAACAAAGAGAGGCAAAUUCUAAACAUUCACAAAAUCAACAUCAUCAGCAGCAAAAUGGAAAAAGCGGAUCAUCACGAAAAAAUAGAGAAGGACGUUCUAGAUCACAAGAAUGGCCUGACGUUCCUGAUAUUGGAAAAAUACAAGAAAAUAAUCCAGAAAUAUUGGCGCAAAAAAUUUUGGAAACUGGCAGACAAAUAGAAGCUGGUCGAAUAUUAAGCAGACAAAAUACUAAUACAAGUAAUAAUUCUAGAACCAGACUGCCACAAGCAUCUCUCAGUUUUUCUACUACAUCAUCCAUUUCAUCCUCACAAACACAAAUAAAUAAUAAAGAAACAACAAAUAGAACUCAGGAACCUCCUAGAGUUGCAAAUUUUGAAGAUAGAUUAAAAAGUAUUAUUACAAGUGUUCUAAAUGAAGAUCAACAAAAUAGAAAUAAGCAACAACAAAUGCAACUACAGGUGCAAUUACAAAAUCAGACUGAGCAAGAUAGGAAACGUAUUACAUUACCACAAAAUGUUUCCACCCCUGAUUAUACACAGGUUUCACCUGCGAAGUUAGCACUUCGCCGUCACCUCUCUCAAGAACGUCUUUCUUCUCAUUUAACACCACCUGACAGACCAACAAUCGACUCGAGGCAAUCGAGUCAUGAUAAUCGUAUUGUAACAGGAGGAAAUGGACUGCUCGGUACUAGAACAAUUGGUGAUUUAGUCAGUGGAGAAAUAGAAAGAACAUUAGAAAUAUCAAAUCAAUCUAUAAUAAAUGCAGCUGUAGAUAUGAGUGCAAUGAUAAGGCCGGAAACUGUAUAUUCUCCUAUUAGUAGACCAGCUAGUGCAGAAGGUGAUGCUGGUUUAUCAACUCUUGCUCAUGUAGCUAGUUAUGCUCCAACUUGUUCUGCAGUUUCAACAUGCACUCCUACUACUACUUCAAGAUCAUCUGUAUUAUUUACACCAGUAACACAACCACAAAGAUACACACCAGUUCAAUUACCUCGUGCAGACAUCAAACCUUAUCACGAAUCGUACUUCUCUGACAAUCCCUCUCAGUCACUUACACAGAAUCAUCCUCCACCAUCAUUACAUUCAUCACAGACUACAUCAAAUGGAGAGCUUUUGCCAGUAGAAGGAUUAGCUGCAUCUUUACAUGCUCGUAUAUUAAAUAAUCACAAUACUAAAACUGAAUCAAUGUUGACUACAAAUAGAAGAUUUCAACCAUAUCCUCGGUAUGCAACUAGUAACAACAAUAAUGGCAGUGCAACAACAAAUGGUAUGGUGACAGCCAUUUGUCAAUCACAAUCUUCAAUGUCAGUAAAAACAGAGGCAGUUGUGUCAUCAGUAAGCACAAGUGGAGCGCCAUUAAGUCCUCUUGUAGAACCACAUUCUAAUACAUCUACACCAUUAGUUGAUGAACCUCAAAUGACAACACAGAGACAACGAAAUGGUAUUGGCGAUGACGAUGGAGAGGCAGAUUGGCAAGAUCGUAUCAGUUCUGGAUUUGAUAGACUGGUUGCGUUCGCGUCUACAGAACUAGAUAAGCGAAGAAGAUCGACAGAGGGAGUAAAUACGAGUCCUGAUAGUGGUUUAGGAUCUGAUAGCACUGUGACAGGACCUCCACCAGUAAUUCCAUCACCGGACGAAGCACUAGGACCUCCUCGUACACCUUCACCGACUAGUCCUCGUCCACCCAAUCCCUCCAACGGUAGUAGUACGAGCAGUAACAGCAGCAGUAACAGUAGCACAUCUUCGGUGCCUCUAAAAUAUCAACGUCAACUGGAUCCGGAACGACAUCAUUUUAAGAAAAAAUUUUUUCAUAGAGAUUGGAAUAAUUCUGGUAGUACGAGUAAGUUUCGUCCUAAAGGCAAGGAUUGGGAUUGGAAUCAUUCAGGACAGUGGCCUUCGAAUGACGAACAAUCUUAAUCAACUUUUUAUACAUCCUAUCUAAAAAAAAGCAAGUAUAUUAAGCUUUUAAUAUCUUUCUUAUUAUGAUUAUUAGAUUCACAGUAAUUGAAUUGGACACAGUCCAUAUUUCUUUGGUUGCGAGACAGUAGAAUUCUAUUUAUCUGAACUUUAAUGAAAUUUCUAGUGUAUAAUUAACUUAAAAUUUUAUUGAAUUUAUUUAUUUGAACAUGAAUUAUUAUUUGAUUUAAAUCGUAGAUAAUGAAAAGAGUUAAUAACCUCCUACUAUAUGAAUUCUAGUUACAUGAACUGUUUAUCUUCUGAUACGUUUAGAUAAAUGUAGUUCUACUGAAUAUAUUUUUCGUAAUAGAAAUAUUAUUUCUUUUCCUUCUGCUUUUUGCAGUGAAUCCUUAAUUAUUUCAUGUACAAUGUUAGUACAUUAGAUAUCUUUAUAGUAAAUAAUUCAACUAUGAAACACGAUUCUCAAUUAGAGUUAUGGCUUAUUUUCUUUUUCAUUUUUUUCUUUCUUCUUUUUUGUAUUAAAAAAGAAGCGAUAUUCGAGCCAAGGGCUCUUUAAUUUGUUUUUGCUUUCAUAUGUUUCAUUACAUAUAAAUAUAUUUAUUUAAUAGAUAUUUUUAUUAUGAGGCUAAAUGUACUGUGAAAUUUAUUCGAAAUGUUAUAUUUCGAUUUAAAAUGUAUUAUGAAAUUUUUUCGAAAUGUUAUAUUUCGAUCAAAAAUGUACUGUGAAAUUUUUUCGAAAUGUUAUAUUUCGAUCAAAAUCUAAUAUUUAGCCAUAUAUAAAUAUGAACCUAUAUACACGCAUAUAGAUAUGAAGGUCAGAAAAACAUGAAAAAUAUUGCUAAUUACUCACUGGUGAGUAUUUAAAUUGAAUAUUAUCAUUUUUGCUAAAAAAAAAAAAAAAAGAAAAAGAAAACAUUUUAGAAUAUCAUGUAAUCAUUGUCGAUUUGAUAUAUCAUCAAUUUGACAUACGAUAAAAAUGUGUUUGCCUUCAUAAAUAUAUGCUAAUACCAUAGAGAUUAUAUUCCGUGAAAAAAAAAAGAAAAAAAAAGAAGGAAA